AUGAUUUUUAGUAGGCCUCUUAUUGCGAAAGUAGUAGGUGUGGAUCCGCUUGUGACUGUACAUUUUUCGUUGAUUCUGGCGUGGCUGAAGCUAAAUUGGAGUAUUGAGGGUUGUCCAUCGUUGUUGCACGGUAUUGAGAAGGUCGAUGAAGGGCAUGCUAUUUCUGCUUGGAUAGGCGACCGCAGUGACGGCGGCUUCAUCUUAGCCACUGUUCGUAGUGGAGAGUUUGUGGGACGUAUUGAGAAGCUCAGCAUGUGCCUUAAAGCCAUGGAUCCGAGCAUGAAGGAGUACAAGGUAUUCGAAAGUAUUGCCAAUCGCUUCUUCAGCGGUACUCGAGUACUGUGCGAACUUUCCUUCGGUAUUCGGUAA